CGAGCGGCUCGCGCCCGUAACAACGUUGCCUAGCGCCCGGGCAAUGCAGCCGUUACGCGGCGCGUGGGGUUCGUAGCCACGGGAGCCAAUCGGCGUGUGGACGGGUAACUGUGGGCGGAGCCGCGGCGACUGGCCAAUCCACGGCAGACGCGGCGCGUUUUAAACGACUCCCCGGAGGGGAGGAAACCCGCGUGUUUACUUCGGUCGAGGUGUGCAUGAAGGAGGAUGCCGAGCCGGCCCGAGGACUACGAGGUGCUUCUGACUAUCGGUGCUGGUUCCUACGGCAGGUGCCAGAAGGUGCGGCGAAGGGCGGACGGCAAGGUAUUGGUAUGGAAAGAACUUGACUAUGGAUCUAUGACAGAAUCUGAAAAACAAAUGCUUGUUUCUGAAGUGAACUUGCUCCGAGAACUGAAGCAUCCAAAUAUUGUCCGGUAUUAUGAUCGUAUAAUUGACAGGACAAAUACAACGCUUUACAUUGUAAUGGAAUACUGUGAAGGAGGAGACUUGGCAACUCUCAUCACAAAAUGUACAAAAGAAAGACAUUAUCUGGAUGAAACCUUUGUCCUUCGAGUUCUUACUCAGUUGACGUUGGCCUUGAAAGAGUGUCACAGGCGGAGUGAUGGUGGCCACACCGUUCUUCAUCGGGAUCUAAAGCCAGCAAAUAUCUUCCUUGAUGGCAAGAAAAAUGUGAAACUUGGUGACUUUGGCCUGGCCAGGAUCCUUCACCAUGAUACCAGUUUUGCAAAAACAUUUGUUGGAACACCAUAUUACAUGUCUCCAGAGCAAAUAAAUCGCAUGUCCUACAAUGAGAAGUCGGACAUCUGGUCUCUAGGAUGUUUGCUCUAUGAGCUGUGUGCAUUGUCGCCUCCAUUUACAGCCUUUAACCAAAAAGAGUUAGCAGAAAAGAUAAGGGAAGGAAAGUUCAGACGAAUUCCAUACCGUUAUUCAGAUCAGCUUAAUGAACUUCUCACAAAAAUGCUUAACCUAAAGGAUUAUUGUCGGCCAUCAGUUGAAGAAAUUCUGCAGAACUCCUUGAUAGCUGACUUGGUGUCUGAGGAGCAAGGGAGAAUUUUGGAGCGAAGAGGGCGACGAUCAGGAGAGCAAGAUAAAAUAGAAAAAGUUUCAGGAACUCCAGUGAAUGAGCUGAAACUGAAAGAGCAACAGCUACAAGAGAGGGAGAGAGCCAUAAAAGAGAGAGAGCACAGACUAGAACAGAGAGAGAGAGAGCUAUGUGUUCGGGAGAGACUGGCAGAAGACAAACUGGCUAGGGCUGAGAACCUGGUGAAGAAUUACAACUUACUCAAGGACCAGAGACACUUGUUACCAGCGACUAGCCCAGAUGAUGAAGUAUUGCCAGUCUUUCCUACAAGAAAAAAGAAGGUCCAGUUUGGUGAUGAAAGUAAAGAAAACAUUCAGUCUGGGGAUAGUCUGGAGAGUUUUCCACUCUCAAAAGAAAAGGACAGUAACUUAAAGAAGCGCCUCUAUGCGGCAAACCUGCGCGCUCAAGCCCUGUGUGAGCUGGAGAAACAUUAUCAGCUGAAAAGCCGGCAGCUCCUUGGGAUGCGUUGAAAAUGUGCUGUUGGUGAUGUGCUGUGUACAGAAUUGUGGUGUUUUUAUAGAAUGAUUCAAGUUUAGGUUUCUCAUAGUGUUUGUGAUGAAAAGCUGUGUAGGCUGGUUUUAGAAACAGUGCUAAAAUAUUUUUAAACUUUGUCAAAAAAAAAAAAAAAUAGAGCUUGGUCAUAUGCCUAUGACCCUCUCAAGCCAGUUUGCAUUUGUAUGUGCUUGGCAAGCCUGCUACUGAUGCAUUGACAGUAGCAUCCCCAACAUUCAUGAAGGAGCUGGGUGGGUGACUAGAUUAUGACUUCAAAUGAUUAGUGUGCUUUUAAUCAAGAGCAUAAUAUGGUACAUUAACUGCUUUUGUCAAAAGAGAAUAUUAAAAACAAGUCUUGUGUCUUU